AUGGCCUGUGGAGAGCCUUGCCUGCCUGGCAGCCCCUGGCCAACUACACUGCGGGCAGAGGGCAGGGACAGCAGCUCCCUCUUCCCAAUACCCUGCAUGAAGAGAGGUGUUAAAUACGCCGGCACCACGGUGGCCUCCACUGCCCGCAUGAUGGCACUGGGGCUGCCUGGCCAGCAGGAAGCACGGGGACCCUGGCUGGAGCAGUCUGUGCCUGAUGAAUGGCACCCCAAGCAAGGGACCAAAACUGGAACAGUUCAGGAAGAACUGCUGCCCAUGGGAAGAACCUACACUGAAGAAACUCAUGGAGGACUGUCUCCCAUGGAAGACAUCCCACAGUGGAGCAGGGUGGGAAGAAAGCUGUUGGUUUCUAAGAAUUUAUUAUCUGGGUGGGUUGUUUCCUGCCUUUGCUUGCACUGGCUUCUGCAAGAGCCACGCAAUGCUUGGCAGAGGUGGAGCAUCCAGGAGUUGGACUUUGAAGGAAGAAGUGUUUUUUUCAUACAGGACUUGCACUACCUCUUCCCAUCCUCUGCUCAGCUGUAUCCCAGAGCAAACCUUUCACAGCCUAGUAACCCAGCUGCUAAAACCUGCAGAAACAGCCCGUUUGUGACACACCUGGCGCCGAUAUCCCAAAUCCUAACCUUUCCUGUGUCCCGUGCAGUGGGAGCUGGAGUCAGCAGCCUCCAGAGUCCAACAUUAAAUCCUACCAGCCCAACAGAAGAGGAGGGCUGUGGCAGACCUGUGGUGGGCAGCGGUGCAGGAUGUGGUGAAACAAAGGCUGUCUCCAAAACACAGAGAAAUAAACAAGACAAAUGGGAACCUAAGGUUCCACCAGAGUCUCCUCGGAUGGGAAGGCUGAGUUGUUUCCGUGAGGAGUCUUUCUGGUCCUGGCUGAGUCCCUCCGUGAGGGGAGCUACGGGAGGCGCUCAGUGUUUACCCCGGGCCAGCACCGCUGGCGUCGGAGCCUUUCGCGCUGCAGAAAGGCCCGCAUCCCAGAGAAACGGCGCCACUCCGUGCUUUUGGUGGUGGGAAGGAGAGCAACAGGGGCCAAAAAGGAAGAAAGAGUCUUUCUUAUUCCAGCCUUCCAGCUUUGCAGUAGCCCCGCUCUGCCCGCAUUAUGGGCAACACCAGCUCCCUUUCUCGUAAGGCGAGCAAACCGCGGCGUCAGACAGAGCCGCUCCGCGGGGGGAAGCUGGGGGGGGAGGCCGAGCACUUCCUGCUCAUCGUUACACAGCACUUUUCCAGCCUUCCAGGGCUUUCAUUUCUUCCGCUGCGGCUGCCGCUUCCCCCCUCAGCUGGCUGGCACGCCCUCUCGGGGCCCGGCCGGGGCUGCGCGGGGCGGGGCUUCGCCGGCUCCCCUCAGCAGGACCCCAGCGACCUCGGCCCCGGCGGCGCCGUGGGCGGGGGCGCGCUGGGAGCGGCGGGAGGCGGGUCGGACCUUGCGCAUGCGCGGCACAGCGAGGUGCUGGCCAUAAAAGGGCGGCCGGGGCGGCGCGGGAGCAGCGCUGGGACGGCGGGCGGUAGGAGGGGAAGCCGAGCUGAGCUCAGUACCGAAUCCCUUGGUUUCUUGACUUUACGCCACCGAUCCUCCUUUCCCAGCCGCCGCCGCCAU